GUGGGCUGGAGUGGUCCAGCUGCGGGGCCGAGGUGCAGCGAGCCACAGGGUCGAUCCAUAGCGCCAUGGCCUGCAUCCUCAAGAGGAAGCCCGUGAUUGUGGUGAGCUUCAUAGCCCUGUGCAUCUUGCUGCUAGCCAUGCGCCUUGUCAAUGAUGCGACUUUCCCUUUGCUCCUGAACUGCUUUGGACAGCCUAAGACCAAAUGGAUCCCUUUGCCCUACACAUUCAGGCAGCCUCUUCGAACUCACUAUGGAUACAUAAAUGUGAGGACCCAAGAGCCUUUGCAACUGAACUGUAACCACUGUGCCAUCGUGUCAAAUUCAGGUCAAAUGGUCGGGCAGAAGGUGGGGGAAGAGAUAGACCAUGCAUCGUGCAUCUGGAGAAUGAACAACGCCCCAACCAAGGGCUUUGAGGAAGAUGUCGGCUACAUGACAAUGGUCCGAGUUGUGUCACAUACCAGUGUCCCUCUCUUGCUGAAAAAUCCCGACUAUUUUUUCAAAGAAGCAAGCAGGACCAUUUAUGUCAUCUGGGGCCCUUUCCGCAACAUGAGGAAGGAUGGUAACGGCAUCGUGUACAACAUGUUAAAGAAGACGGUCGAUGCCUAUCCAGACGCGCAGAUCUACGUGACGACAGAGCAGCAGAUGACUCACUGCGAUAGAGUGUUUAAGGAUGAGACUGGAAAGGACAGAGUCCAGUCCGGCUCCUACCUCAGCACCGGCUGGUUUACCUUUAUCCUGGCUAUGGACGCCUGCUACAGUAUCCACGUCUACGGGAUGAUAAAUGAAACCUACUGCAAGACAGAAGGGUAUAGAAAAGUCCCCUAUCAUUACUAUGAACAAGGGAAGGACGAGUGUAAUGAAUAUCUUCUCCAUGAACAUGCCCCGUACGGGGGACACAGGUUCAUCACCGAGAAGAAAGUGUUUGCCAAGUGGGCCAAGAAGCACAGAAUAGUAUUUACACACCCGAACUGGACGCUGUCCUGAUGCCGUGCUUCCUGACUGUGACACUGCAGCUGUGGUGAAGAGAGGCUGAUGGUGGUGACGGUGUGGGCAGGAUGCUCAGGGUGUGACCAUGGUCCUGGACAUUCUCUGGUGUGGAUACUGACUCUGUUAGUAAUUUGAACUUGGCAUUCUGUGGGAGGUGGUCAUGUUCAUUCUGAUCUUUCUGAUGGUUCAGCCCUAUGAAUUGCACUUUAAAACUUACCUACAGUUGAAAUGAAGGCCAGUGACCUGAUGGCUGUGACUAAAGAAAACACGAAGAUUACCUUUCAAGAUAGCUGCUCAGAAUUCUUCAAGAGGCUUCCAGAAGUGACGACUCACCCUGCUUCAGGCAAGGUUACUGAGUGCACGGGCUGUUCCCCAUCUUGGAAAAUGGUGGACUAUCAAACACUGUCCCAAGUCAUUCUUCAGGGUAUAGAUGUCAUGCCACAGUUACCAGUCAGCCUGACAGAGGGGAGGUAUCUCUUUUUGAUAUGCCAUCUUCCUUCCACAUGUCUCUCAGCGAAAGCCUCAGGCCACCUACCUAAAUGUAGCAAUGAAGGCAUUCUGUAAUUCCUGCGUACCAGGAUUACUGGACUAUCUCAGAGACUUAAUUCAAAAUGUAUCAAGUAGCAAAUAUUGACAAAUUUUCACUCAGACAGCUGUGCUCUCACUACUCAAAACAAUAUAACUAAACAUAUUAUUACAGUUACCUACAUUAAUGUUUAGUUAUUUUUGGUUGAGUGCUAAAUAUUAACAUGUUAGAUGUACUUCAACACUGUAAGAACACAUACUGUGAAUGCAUUUCUUGAGCAUAACCAAAGGGUUCCUCUCUCUGCUUCAGCACUCAGUACCAACAAAUGAGAUGCUUUUUGAAUCACAAAACAGGGAAAGCAAGACAUAUUUUUGCAUCAAUUUGUAUCCUAUCAUAUUCAUAAUAUAUAUUUUUAAAUUCAAAUUUCUAUUUUAUAAGCUGAAGGGGUAUCUCUCCAUAUACAUUAUCAAUGCCAAGUGCCAAACACUCUUUAUACCAUCAAACCCAGGCCGAGCUUUUGCCUUCAUGGGGUUGACCGUCCCUUAGGUUAUCAGAUGUUCUGCUAGGACAGUAAAAUGGUGACGAGCUUACUUCCCAAAGUGCUUCGCUAUGCUUCACAUAUGCUGUGUGCCAUGUGACACCCACGGCCACCUUGUGACACCCAUGGCCGCCUCACUGGACGAUUGCCGGCACACUCUGCCAUCCCCAGCAGCUGAUCUGCAUUGUUAGCUGUGUUCCUGUGUCCCAGGUUGCUCUGCCUCAGAAUAUAUGUAUAGAGUAGCAUUUGUGUAAAUUAGUAUAUGAUUGAGUUCUCUGCCAAAUACAGCAUAGCGUACCGAGAUUAUACAAGAUGACCACAAGGAUGGCUGUGUCAUAGAUCAGUACCCUAUAAGCUUAGAUACUUUUAAUGUUUUUGUUUCUGUCAGUGGCUCUGUUCCAGGGCUCGGGGACAAUGGAUAGGAAUGGAAGCAGAGAAAUACAGUUUCCUGGUCUAGGCCUGAGACAGCUUCCUUCUCCGUAGAUCAAUGAUCCUUAAAUAUUAGAAGUUGGUUUUCUGAGACAGUACCAAGCAUCUAUAAAUAUCUUGGCACAACAAUUCAAAAGCUAAAACCAGGCUGCAUUUAAUGUUUUAGAGCUGGAAAUAACAAGACACCUCACCUGUAGAACCUUGACAGGGCUUGCCUAGGACUAAAGGCCAUGCAACGUCAUUAAGAUGUGCAUCUUUCCUACCCUACACUGUCACACUGAUAGAUAUCCCACACCCACACCCACAAGAGUUACCCAGCCCCAACCUCAUCCCUGGGAGGAGUGGUUAUUCUAUUGUUUGCUUAUAUGACUUUUUUUUUUUUUUAGUUCUAUGAAUGUUAGAUUUUAGAGCUGAUAGUGGAUCAAAAUGCCCACUUAAAGGAAAAUAAAUAAUAGCAAUGUUAAAAUGUCAAUGUGAACGUUGUUUUCUCUCAGUUGUGAUACAGUUCUGCUUUUACAUGAAAUGAACACUCAGUUAUCUGAAUGCCUUCAGGAGUGCGUAACCUGAUUUGUGUCACUGCCUAGUCAGUGGUGGGCUAACUAUUUUGGUGUUUACAGAUGAGAGACUCAACAAACAUACUCUCCUGCCUCCCUAAAGGGAGCAAUAGCUUCCUCUUGUGUGGGCUUUCCUCACACUGUGUGUGUGAAAAAGGCAGCGUCCAAAUUUAAGCCUGCAGUCGUCUGGAAUGGCAUAGACAGUGGCCCUCACCCCCCUUCUAUCUCCCUCCCCCUUCUCUCUCCUUCCCCCCUUUCUCAGCUCUCCUACUUCUCUUCUCUCUCCUCCUCCUCCUCUUCUCUCUCCUCCUCCCCUCUUCUUCUCCCUCCUCCCCCAUCCUCCUCCAUCCUCUUGCUUUCUCCUUGUUGUCUGUCUCUUUUUUUGCAAAGUAUGAAACCAAAAGCACUCCAUGAAGGCCCAGUUGAGUGCCUUUGCAGUGAGGGCUUUGACCAUCGCUCAGGAGUUUCCUUCCUCUGAAGUAACACUUUUCUCUGCUUCCAUUUUCUGUCCCUUUCUUCCAGCCUUAGUUCUGGUAGAAAUGCAAAGUCUAAUUUCUCCCAUGUGAAGGAGAAAUUUUCCAUCUUGGACUUGCUGAGAGAGUGAGACAAGUGGGUGGGCGAGGGAGGGCAUUAGUCACACAAAGCUCCCAUCGGCCCUGCAGGUACUAGUCCACCUUAAGAUUUUUAUCCACACCCAAACAUUAAAGUUAAAUGACCUCACUCAGCACUGCUACAUAACUACCUAUAUAUUAAUUAAUAGUUAUGAAAAGAAAAAUGGAAAUGUACACAGAGACACCACAACUUGAUGGCAUACAAGAGAGUGAGAGACUCUGGAGUACUCUAUCCUAAGAAAUAUUUUUAAAUAAAGUCAUAGAAUAUUA